AUGCUAGAGAAGGAAGAGGUUUGUGAUCCCAAAGAUCUUUCCAGAAAAGGGAUUAAUGGAAAAACGGAAAAUGUUGUUAAGUCAGUAUCUGAAGAUACCCUGAACGCCUUGUUGGCUAGUGUACUAAGUCACAAGAUAUUGAAUCCAAAGGAGGCUGAAAUAGUGAAAACAGGAAAUGUUACAACUAUAGCCAAGGCCCGCUGCCUGAUUGACUUUGUGAUCCUGAAGGGGUCUCCUGACAGCCAAACACUGAUUGACUGCAUCUGUAAGACCGACUCUGUCCUUGCUGACAAGUUGGGGUUUUCAAGUACUUUUGCAGCAAGGACAACAUCCAGAGAACACACAGGCAAGCUUAAGCUUUGUCCCUGUGAAGACUUCCUGGAACUCUGCAGAAAGAAGGCUGAAACUAUUUAUCCAAUACAAGAGAAAGGGAACCACACUCGCCUGGCUCUCAUCAUUUGUAACACAGAGUUUAAAAAUCUUCCCAAAUGCACUGGAUCCAACCACGACAUCAUUGGGAUGAAGGGUCUGCUUGAGGACCUGGACUAUAGUGUGUGAGUGGAAGAGAAUCUCACAGCCAGGGACAUGGUUUUAAAGCUAAGAAUAUUUGCUGCCUGCUGCGAGCAUAUGACUUCAGAUAGCACAUUCUUAGUGUUUAUGUCUCAUGGCAUCCUGGAUAAAAUUUGUGGAACCAUGCACAGUGAUGAAAAGCCAGAUGUCUUACCUUAUGACACCAUCUUCCAGAUUUUCAACACCCGCAACUGCUUUUAUCUAAAGGAUAAAUCCAAGGUCAUUAUCAUCCAGGCCUGCAGAGGUGGGAACAGUGGGGUGCUGUAUAUCGGUGACCCUGAAGCAACACCAGAAAAUGACUCUGACGGGUCUCCAGAAGGCCUAAUGGAUCAUGGUGUUCACAAGACCCAUGGAGACUCUGUGGCUUUCUGCUCCUCAAUCCCACAUAUACAUAAUGUUUCUUGGAGAAGUACAAGUGUUUCUCUCUUCAUCACUCAACUUAUAAAUUAUGUUUGAAACUAUUCUUGGUGUUGUCACCUAAUAGAAAUAUUUUUGAAGAUUCAAAAAUCAUUUGAGGAACCAAACUUGAAAUUCCAGAUGCCCACAAUUGAAAGAUCUACUAUGGCUAGAAAUUUUUACCUCUUCCCAGGCAACUAA